ACUAAUGAUCAAUAUCAUAUUAUUGGCUUUUCCCCACACCCACUCACUCCUUUUACUCCUCGACGACACGACACACGCACACACAUAUAUAUAUAUAUGUCCUUUUCUUCUUCCUUGGAUCUACUGUUACCCCUGGUACCUAUAUAUAUUGAUCGAAAUCGCGGGAAUCAGCUAGUCCAGAGAAGAAAGGGAAAAAAAAAAAGAAAUACUAUUCGGUCGAAGAAAAUAUGAUUUGCCUCUUCGCCUAAAACAUUUCCGACCGCUUGUACUCGGGAAGCUCGGCCCGUUUGCCAUGUUUGAAUCCCCUAACGCUACACUAACGCUUUCCUCUCCUCUAUCAUUCUUGCCCCUGACGGGCUUAGACAAGUAUCACUGUCUCUGUGCGGGGAAAUUCAAGGAACUUCUUGCCCUCGCCGAGACCUUCCGCGAUCAUGGUGGCCGGUAUCAGCAAACGUCAGCAGUUCCGCAAUGAGCGGGCACUGCAAGACCUCGUUCGGUCGGUUCCUGGCAAUGACCGAUGCGCCGAUUGCCAAGCAAUGAAUCCAGGAUGGGCCAGUUGGAAUAUGGGUAUUUUCCUCUGCAUGCGGUGCGCCGCGCUGCACCGCAAGAUGGGCACUCAUAUCUCAAAGGUCAAGUCCUUGAGUAUGGAUAGCUGGACGGCGGAACAAGUCGAUAACAUGAAAUCGCACGGAAACAACCUCAUGAACAAGAUCUUUAACCCUCGGAACGUGAAGCCCCCUGUCCCUGCUGAUGUUGAUGAGUCCGAUGCAUGCAUGGAACGGUUUAUUCGUCAGAAGUACCAGCACCGGAGCUUUGAAGAUGGCAAACCGAAACCCCCGAGUCGUCAAGGUACUCGUGAUGAUCGCUCUCCAGAAGGAUCUCCUCCUCCUCUCCCCCCAAAGCCUGCCCGGCCCUAUGGGCUUGGUCUGCGAUCAGCCUCCUCUACAACCAGCCUCCAUCGACUGUCCAACCGGCAAGCCAUGACUUCCCGCUCUGAAACCUAUGAAUCGCCCAGAUCGGUCUCACAGGGCAUGGGGGCUUCUGUUGGAAGUAGUAAUGCCUCCCACGAGUCUCAGAUGGCCACCUUGCGGGGUAUGGGUUUCACCAAUGAGUAUCGAAACUCUGCUGUUCUGAAAGGCUUGGACGGCAAUCUCGACAAAUCCAUUGAGACUCUGGUCAGACUGGGGGAGGGCCCCCCGUCACUGCAAGGCAGAACGCCUGUUCAAACGACCACUGCGAAUGGUACUGCUAGACAGCAAGCCUCCAGCAAUCCUUUUGAUCAGUUAGACUCCAAGCCGGCUCAACCUGCUGGGCAGUCCUACAACCCUUUCGAUGCUCCUACUUCGCAACCAGCUGCACAGACGCUCGAGGCGUCGUUCCAACACCUUCAGGUCUCGCAACCGUUAUUCCCACAUUCAACCGGGGGUUAUCCCAACCAACAGCCAUCUUUCCCUCAAUCUCUAUACCAGCAACCGAUCACCCCCCCUGUGAUGCCUACAAUCUCCCAGGGUGCCGUCGUGCAGUCACCGCAACCUGUUGAUGGUGGUCACAACCCCUUCUUCCAAUCCGGCAGCUUUACUGCAGCUCCCAACCAAACCCCCGGCGUCGCUCAGCCUCAGACUAAUCCUUUCUUCACCCAACCCCCUUCGCAACUCAACUCGAUGCAACCCCCAAGUCAGGCUCCGGCUGGAUAUCCUCAUCCACCCCGACAUGCCAACACCAUGCCGGCCAUAUCAUCCACUUCCCCGUUCGGUACCGCGUCGCCGUUCCAGCAGCAGCAGCAGCAACAACAACAACAACAACAACCACAAAUUCAACCGCCCCAACUCCAAGUACAACCACCCCAGCAGAUGCAAGCAUCCCACAAUCCAUUCCAGCCCAUGACAGCGCCCCCAACCCCGCAAAGUGCGGGGUACCAUGCGCAAUCGCACCUUGGCCUGCAGGCGUCCGCGCAACAUCUAGCCCCACAGCCAACCGGCCGCAUGGACAAGAACAGUAUCCUGUCAUUGUACGGCCUUUCCCCACCACCAUCGGCAACGUUAGAGCAGCCCCAAAUCCCAACUCCAGCAGGAACGAUUCCCGGCCCGGGAACAGCACCGGCACCAGCCCCUGGCUAUGCCACCACAACACAACCGCAACAACCCACAGACCUUCACUCCGCAGGUACCCGGAACCCCUUCCUAACCACUCAAGCGCCUGCCGCUGGAUUUUCCCAACAACAACAGCAACAGCAACAGCAACAAGGAUACCUCCAACAACCCCAACCCCAACCCCAGUACACCACUACCUCCCCAUUCACAAUGCCCAUGAAAUCCAACACCAUGCCACCCGCGGCACCAAGCGCCUUCUCAAGACCGCAGGGCCACAUGAGCCAGCAAAGCGUCGAUAUCAACGCCUUCCAGAACGGCCGACACAGCCCCGAUGCAUUCGCCAGUUUGAGUGCGCGGUAUGGUUGAUUCUAUCAGUACAUACCUACAUAUCUACAUAUUUGCAAUUACAUAUUUAUGAUCAUGCAUAUCUCCACACAUACAAAUAUGUAUAGAUAUGUUAUAUGGAAAAGCUUUCGGUAAAUAUUUCGGUCUGUUGUGUUGUAUUUACAGAUCGCUUCAACUUGGAUCGAUAUAUAUAUAUAUAUGUUAUUCUUUGGCGUAUUUGAUUGUAUUAGUACAUUCCUUGUGCAUCUUUGGCGUUGAGGGAGAUGGGAU